AGAUUUGAACAUACAUAACUCUUGUGAUCUUCCUAGUCGAAAUCACCAUGGUAAAUAAUGUACUGUAAUAACUAAUAAGAAGAUUUACUGCUGAUUUUUUUUUUUUUUUGUCUUACAAGGAGAGAGGUAGGUAGGAUGGUGCCAAAUUGCCAAUUAAUUUUUCAUUAAUGGUGUUUGACUUAUCACAAAACAGCCCCUCUCAUCACUACUAUGUACUAUUCUACUGCCAAGAAGAUUUGGCUGCAUGCACAAUCUACUUUUAUUCAUUAAUUAUUUUAUUUUAUUUAAAAUUUUGAUGAUGCCAUGUUAUGCUGUAGACCAAGAGAUGAGUGAAGAGAACCAGAAAAAAAAAGAGGGAAAAAAAACAGAUGAUUUGGAUUGCACUAUUAAAGUGAGUCCCUCUUCUUCUGACAAGUUGACUUUCAUCCUCUCCACCAAUUUUAAUUCAAGUCAGCCUCUUUUUUAAAAUUUUCUGAUACAUUUCUGAUGGCUAUAUUUAGACAUAUUUUCCAUUUAAGAAAGGGGGGAAAUUUUCAUAAUUAAAAAAAUCCAGAUCACAAAAAUGAUAAACGUUCUCAAGCUGUCACCACUCACCACUACUUUUUUUUAAAAACAAUUAAUUGAGUUGACAAAAAUAUAAUAAACACUCAUCCGUUAUAUAAAUAAAUAUAAAAAAUUAUUUACCAAAAAAAAAGAAAGAAAAUUUCCAUAUAAUAUGCCCCAAGCUCUCUAUUUCACUAACAGAGCAACAGAGAGGAAAGAAAUCACAGAGACUUUGCAGUACCGCAGAGAAAGAAGGAAAGAAAAGGAGAGAGUUUCAUAUCAGAUCAACCAAGCCAAGCUCCAACACAAAUUGCCAUGGCCGCUUCCUGGACUAGAAUCCUUCUUCCUGCCCUUCUACUUGCUCUUCUCCUGAUACCAAGAACAACAGCAACGGCUAGCGACCAUGGAAGAAGAGAAACAAUCGACCCGCCCUCGGUGUCGAUUUUCUUCAACAUAGACGACCUGAAACCAGGAAACAGGAUGCCAAUCUACUUCUCCAACAAGAAACCUUCGAAUUCGCCACACUUGCUCUCCAAGCAAGAAUCCGAUUCGAUCCCUUUCUCCUCAUCCCACCUCGAAUCCUUGCUCGAGCUCUUCUCCUUCUCGCGUGGAUCGGCCCACGCGAGGGCCGUCGAGUCCACCCUGACCCUCUGCGAGCUCGAACCCAUGGCAGGGGAGACUAAGUUCUGCGCCACUUCGCUCGAGUCCAUGCUCGACUCGGUCCGGUCCAGUUUCGGUGACCAAACCCAACUCAGGGCUCUGGCCACCACUACCCACUCGGCCCGACCGGUCGAUGACGGGCUGGGGUCGGGUUUGGGUUCGGUUCGGAACUACACGAUCCUGAAGGAGCCUGAACAAAUCCUGACCAGGAAAGUGAUGGGUUGUCACACCAUGCCGUAUCCUUACCUGGUUUACUACUGCCAUAGACCCACCGGCGAAACGAAGCUGUUUCGGGUUCUGUUGGGUGGUGAGGGAGACGGCGGGGUGGUGGAAGCGGUGGCGCUUUGUCAUAUGGAUACCUCGAAAUGGGAUCGGGAUAACCCGUCGUUUCGGGUGCUGAAGAUGGUCCCUGGGGAAGGCCCUGUUUGCCAUUUCUUCCCCAGGUUUGAUAUAGUUUGGGCAGCUUUGCCUGUUUGAUUGAUUGGGGGGGUUUUUUUUUUGCCCAGGAGAAUUGAGCAGAUUAGUGUUAGGUUAUGUUUGUGGUGUUGGUAUGUUGCAGACAAGCAGAGCAGUACUAGUGUAACCUGAUGUGUAUAAUGCAUAAGAACAGAAAAAGAAGUCUUUUGAUGCCUGAAUCUGGGUGUUAAUUUUGGUUUCAUGCUUUAGAACAAACCGAAUUGGAUCAUGGUAUAACUAGAUUAAGCUUUCGGUUUUGAUUACAUUUGAUCCCUUGACAUAAUAGGAAACAAGUAGAUGUAAUGAAAAUCGCAAUAGAUC